CGACCAGGAAGGGAGUCGAUAAUAAUCUCGCUGUGGCUCGAUUCGCACGGCAAUGUGUACCGAGUCAGCCCGUCCUGGUUCCAUUGCCCGGCCGCGCUGUCGCACUGGGUUUGCUCGCACUUUCGACCGCUGCGAGGGCGGCGAGCUCAUCAUUCACUCACACCGGCGCCAGCACCUCGCACGCUCCGCUCCGCUCCAUCUUCAGCUCGUGUCUCGUGCCUCCGCUGCCCGUUGUGUGCGCCGCUGCCUCCGCGGUUCGCGAAGCAUUAUAUUGUCGUUGUCCAAGCAGGGAGAUUAGACCGUCUUGGGUUUUGAGCUCGGACGCCCUUUCUGCCCGUUGUUGGCUGCGCUCUUCCACCUUUCCACACCUCUGUGUGGCCGCCGACAGACGCAUCUCGCCCGGACUGACGCCGCUGCUCUGGACGUCGACCUCUCCGGACCGCACGCCUCGCGACGACGCCCGCUGCCGGUGCGUGCUUGUUCCUGUGCCUGACCUACCCUUCGCGACGCGACCCGCUACCGACGUGAGCGGCGCAGCAGGCUGGACAGACGAGCCGCGACAGCCCCCAAGCUUCACCUGGGCUUGCUCGAUUGCACCACGCCGACUCCCUUGCUCCGCGCCCCCGUCCUUCCCCACCGACCCUGAGUGCGCGCACCACGGCCGACUCCAGCGUCGUCGCGGCCAGCCGGCAUGGCGGACACGAACGAGAGCAUCCAGACCAAGAUCCAGAUAGCGAGGCGAGACGCAGAGGCGCUCAAGGACCGAAUAAAGCGCAAGAAAGAUGAGCUCGCAGACACCACACUACGCGAUGUCGCGCGACGACAAACAGAACAGCUGCCGCGACUGGCCAUGAAGACGAGGCGGACGCUCAAAGGCCAUCUGGCCAAGAUCUAUGCCAUGCACUGGUCGACCGAUCGCAGACAUUUGGUGUCGGCCUCGCAAGACGGCAAGCUGAUCAUCUGGGAUGCCUAUACGACCAACAAAGUGCACGCGAUUCCCCUGCGGUCAUCUUGGGUCAUGACCUGCGCAUACUCACCCAGUGGUAACUAUGUUGCCUGCGGCGGUCUCGACAAUAUCUGCUCCAUUUACAACCUGUCUGCCCGAGAAGGGCCGACACGAGUGGCUCGAGAGCUCAGCGGCCAUUCCGGCUAUUUGAGUUGCUGCAGAUUUAUUAACGACAGACGAAUCCUCACCUCCUCGGGAGAUAUGACCUGCGUGCUGUGGGAUAUUGAGACUGGCCAAAAGAUCACGGAAUUCGCUGACCACCUUGGAGAUGUGAUGAGCUUGAGCAUAAACCCCUUGGAUAACAACCAAUUCGUCUCGGGCGCUUGCGAUGCUUUCGCGAAACUGUGGGACAUCAGGCAACAGAAGUGCACGCAAACGUUCGCCGCGCACGACUCGGACAUCAAUGCCAUCCAAUUCUUCCCUAAUGGCAACGCUUUUGGAACAGGCAGCGACGACGCCUCUUGCCGGCUGUUUGAUAUCCGCGCAGAUAGAGAGCUGCAAGCGUAUACGAUUGGCGAGCCUGUAUGCGGUAUCACUUCCGUUGCGUUUUCCGUCUCAGGAAGACUACUUUUCGCCGGUUACGACGAUUUUGAGUGCAAGGUUUGGGACGUUCUACGUGGGGAGAGAGUCGGCACCCUCCAAGGUCACGACAACCGUGUGAGCUGCCUCGGCGUGAGCAACGACGCCAUGUCGUUAUGCACAGGAUCGUGGGAUUCAAUGCUCCGAAUUUGGGCAUGAUUGACCAUCUGCAUACUUUUGACGGCGCCUCCAGCCAACAUGUGGGGCCGCCGAACUGCAGCUCCAAGCGCCGUCGUGACUGCCAUUGAAUCCAACAGCACAGUUCACGACACUCGGCUGUGUUGGAUCACGGCCGCGGUGGUCAUGUACAAGACCAGGCAGUCUAUCUGCUCACUACUCUUCUGGAUCGAGCGCGCCCGCGGAAACUGGAAUACACAGCCCACGAGGUCAAUGAUUUUCCUACGGCAACUAUCAUAUUUCUUCAAAUCACUUGCUUGAAAAGCUGUACCUGCGGCAGCGCUGGACGAAGGCUCUAGGCGCGGCGUAUGAAGCGGCAUAUUGGGGCGGCGUGGUUCAUUCUACACUGCGAGAGGGCCGCAUUUCUCGGCGCCUGUUCAUUUAGCUGUAUCGCACAAGCAACGGGUUCUCAAAAGCUGAGCUUUGUCACGGCAUCUAAGCGCUGUACGUUGGUUAGAGGUCAGAUAGUGGGAGGAGGGGGCGAAGGAAGCGACUGACACUGCCAUACCAUGCUAUCCGCUUUAAUCCGGCACCGAGCUGC